AUGGUCAUCUACUCAUAUUGUUUGAAGGGUGAACUUAUUAUGGCAUUAUCAAUACUUAGAGGUAUGUUAAAGAGGGGUUUUGUGCCAGACGUUGUUACUUUCAUUACUUUAAUUGAUGGAUUCUUUCGACAAGAAGAGUAUGGCCAGGCACAAGAGCUAUUUGGGAAAAUUUUCAAAAGAAAAUUGUGUGUCCCCAACGUCAUUAUGUGUGAAACCAUUAUUGACAGACUUUUGAAAGCUGAGAAUAGGAAAAUUGCAAUGUUAGCCCUAGAUAUGGAGAAUAUAGGUAUCAAAGCCAAUAUAAUCAUCCACAAUUCUAAGAUUAACUACAUGUGUAGACAUAAAAUGAUGGAUGAAGCUCUUGCUCACUUUCGUGACAUGAUUCAGAAAGGGAUUGCAGCCAAUGCCGUCGCAUUUGGUAGCCUGAUCCAUGGUUUUCUUCUUCUAGGUAAAUCAGACAUGGCAAGGAUAGUAUGGAAAGAAAUGGUUUCUUAUGGUAUUAAACCAAAUGUCCCUAUGUACAACAUCAUUAUGGAUUGGGUCUCAAGAGAUGCCUUGAGGGAAAAUGGUCAGGAAAUUGCGGUUAAACUUUUCGAGACUAUGGUUGAACAAGGAAAAUCACCUACCCUUAUUAGCUAUAACUCACUCAUGUAUGGCUAUAGUAUCCAGGGCGAGGUUAGAGAAGCCCGGAGGAUUUUUGAUAGCAUGGUUGCUAAAGGCAUUGAGCCUCAUGCUUGGUCUUACAACACUUUGAUGGGUUGGUACUUUCUGGUAUCAAAUCACGAGGAGGAUUUGCAAUUGUUUGAAGAUAUGCAAGUUAAGUGUGUAACAGCCACAGUAAGCACCUUAAACAUUUUGUUGCAGGGCCUAUUUGAGUACGAUUUGAUUGAUCAAGCAAAGGAACUUUCUAAGGAGAUUGGCACUCAAGCUGAUGUUUUCACUUACUCCGUGUUCAUGAAGGGUUUGUGCAAAGUUGAAGAAAUUGACAACGCUAUGGACAUGUUGCAUAAGUUGGAAAUUAAAGGAGUAGAGAUAUUUACACUCUCCCGUAAAUCGUGGCUUGUUUAG